UGGGAUUUCUAAUUGCUUGCUUCGCAGUCCAGGAUGAAGUCCGUCCAGUUCUGCUUCCUUUUCUGUUGCUGGAGAGCAAUCUGCUGCAGAAGCUGCGAGCUGACCAACAUCACCAUCACGGUGGAGAAAGAGGAAUGCCGCUUCUGCAUAAGCAUCAACACCACGUGGUGUGCGGGCUACUGCUACACCCGGGACUUGGUGUACAGGGACCCAGCGAGGCCCAACAUCCAGAAGACAUGUGCCUUCAAGGAGCUGGUCUACGAGACGGUGAGAGUGCCCGGCUGCGCUCACCGCGCAGACUCCCUGCACACGUACCCGGUGGCCACCGCGUGUCACUGCGGCAAGUGUGACAGCGGCAGCUCCGACUGCACCGUGCGGGGCCUGGGGCCCAGCUACUGCUCCUUCAGCGACGUCAGAGAGUAAGGGGCGGCGGCGCUCUGAGCUGCCCACCCUCACAGGACCAGGCAUCCAAGAUGUCUGCGUGCACACGGGCCGGGCUGCAAACCACCGCGGGAGACCCUGCUCAUCU